AUGCCCGCCACCACCAGAAUCAUCUCUGACACCCGGAUGUCGGAUAAAGCAAAAAAAGCCAAAUCUGGAAACACACCCACAGAGAAGAUCCCGCCCUACGAUCCAGCUUUGCCUGAACCAACAUGUAGAGCUGAUCUCAUCAAGCACUGGUUCACUCUUUCCAUGGAUGACAAGACAGCCAAUAGAAUGCUGUGGAUCUCAGAGGACGGUGCUAAGGUGUCGCGUAUGACUGAUGAUGUCACUUGUCCCGUCUUGGAUAGGCCAGAGCGAUACGAGUAUUCUCCACAGGUUCUUUGCAAAGAUGGCAUCCUGGGCUUCCGAGGCUACUGGGAGGUGGAGUUCUCAGGAUGGGUGGUGGUCGGGGUCGCGUACGAACGAGCAGGAAGGAGGAACAGCGAUGGAUCCUGUGGUCUGGGGGAGAAUGAGGAGUCCUGGGGUCUCGGCUGGAGCGGUUCCAGCUAUAGCGCCUGGCACAAAGGCCAAAAUGUAGAGAUCAUGGAGGUUCCUAAGUACACCACAAUUGGUGUGUAUGUCGAUCAGCCUGGUGGUAUUCUGAAUUUCUAUGGUGUGGAGGAGGUGAAGGAGGGAGAGGAGAGCACAGGAGAGAAGGAAGUGAGACUUUUGUGGCCGAUUAGGAGUCCCUUUGAGCAGAAAAUGAUACCAGGUUUCUGGUUGGGGCCACAGUCACACUGUCUGAUCAAAAAGAAGGAGGAAUAAAAGGACUCAGUCAAUAUUACAUUAGUUUUAAAAGUCAGAGUUUAUGAACUCUGACUUCAACUGACUGGACAACACCAACAUUUGUCUUCUAUAGCUGGCAUAAACGCACAUUUUAUCAGAAUUUUAGCACCAGCUAUAUUCCUUAUAUACAGUACCUCUCAGAUAUCGAGCACUUAGUUUUGUACAUUUUCAAUAAAGUCAAUAAGGUAGCGGUAGCUGGGUUUCACCUUUGACUUCUG